GCAGUGUUUUAUACGCAGUUGAUAGUUUUUCUUGUUAUUAUUUGCCACAGCUGAAUCUUUUGCAUUGCACUUUGCUGGCAACGCAAAACAGGAGAAAAAACCAAAACACGUGCAACAACGGUGGUAUCAGACGGAAAAUUUCUUUUUUAACGUUCAAGCAGCAAUAAUUCAGGAUGGGCAUGUGUCAAAGGCGUAAGAAGAUGCAUUAUGGCGACACGCAUCUACAGCGUCGCUGGCGCGUACGCAACCGCCGGCGCGAUCUCGACCAAAUCGAUGACGACCUCCGCACCCGGAGCGGCGAACUGAUCAAUCAGAGCGUCGAUUUGGAAAAACCAGGUUUUGCACAGUUCUAUUGUGUACACUGCGCCAAGUACUUCAUCGAUGACACGGCCAUGCAAGCGCACUUUCGUACCAAAGUACACAAGCGUCGUUUGAAGGCGCUCGAAACGGAGCCUUACAGCAUUGAGGAGUCGGAGCGUGCUGCUGGACGUGGCAGCUUCCAGAAGCCCAAGAAGCGUGUGAUGGAAACGCAACCAUCCAAGGAGGAAGUGUCGGCUGGCAAACGCAUUAAAAUCGAGGAAGUACCAGAAGAUAGCAAUACCAAUGAUGAACAACCCACGACGUCGACAAAACAGAGCAAAAGAUCGCAAAAAAUGGAAACAUAGUGACACAAAACGGACUUUAAAAUCUAUUUGUAAAUAAGAUAUAAAUGCUGUGCCUCCUAACUAACACACAAAA